UUCCCAGCACUCCAGGUUCUCUGCUCCGCCCAGGCCUUUCGUUGCCAGGCAUUUCUGGCAACGUUUCUGUUCCUACAGCCAACUGACUUUUGUAGAUCUGUCUGGAGACGAUCGAUGGAGGAUCAUCGUUUUUACAAGGGCCUCGCCUCUGAACGAGAGGGGAUAGCAGUUUCUGCAGUUGCUUUGCAGGAUCAUAUAAUACACAGUCAUCAGCUCCAAGGUCUUUCGUUAGCAGAUCCUUUUAAGUCAAAGUCAAGGAACAUCAGGAACAUUUACAGACUUGUGAACAAAGAGACGGUCAAAGCAGUGGUAGAUACUGGGCUACAAAAAAAGAGCACUCACCAGAAGAAUAAAGAAGAUGAGGAAAAGGAGUAUGUUCUUGAUCCCAAUCCUCCACGGCUAACCUUAGCUCAGAAAUUAGGACUAGUUGAGCCCCCUUCCCUUCCACUAACUGCUGAAGAAUGGGCAAAAAUAAAGCAGAGAUCCAUACAGCAUGGAGAUUCCAUCCAGCCCUGUGCAAUAUGCAGGGAAGAGUUUGCACUUCAGCCUCAGGUGUUGCUUUCAUGUUCCCAUGUAUUCCAUAAAGCAUGUCUGAAAGCCUUUGAAAAAUUUACGGGCAAAAAGUCUUGUCCUAUGUGCAGGAAAAAGCAGUACCAGACCAGAGUGAUACAUGACGGGGCCCGCUUGUAUAAAAUAAAGUGUGCAAUCAGAAUUCAAGCCUCCUGGAGGGGAUACGUUGUUAGAAAAUGGUAUAAAAACUUGAGAAAAACAGUGCCUCCUAAAGACAGCAAACUAAGGAAACAGUUUUUUGAGGAAAAGGUUCAACAGAUUAGCAGUCGGCUCCUGAGUUCUUAUGACAUAAACCUGGAUGAUUUUCUUUACAAGAUAGAUUCUUCUAUAGCUGCGUGUCGGGAUGCAUUUCAGCAGCUGGAAGGAAAAGAAAUACUCCUCAGUGAAAAUGACUGGGAGAAGAUCCAGAUGCAGGCAUUUCGGCAGGAGAUAGCUGACUGUCCUAUCUGUAUCACGCCACUCAGCCCUCCUGCUCACCCUGCCUGUGUUUUUUCUGGUACCAGCAAUCCAUUCUCCCGACAGACCGUUCUGCUUUCUUGUUCACAUUUGUUUCACCAUUCCUGUCUUGAAGCAUUUGAAGAGUUUUCCUUGGGAGUGCAACCUAUUUGCCCUUUGUGCCGCUCAUAUUAUCAAAAGAAGGUCCUCAAGUGUUGACACCCACAGCUCAGUGAAGUACCUCCCAGCAGAGC